CAUAAAAAGCAUUGUCCUUCAUUUUCCUCUUUUUCUAUGUAAACAUUUUCAGUUCUCUUCUCCAUCUUCAAACUACUCCAUUUAACAAACCCAUGGCAGCAAAGCCAAUUAGUUCCCCACCAAAACUUCCUCUUUUUGCCAUGAAAUCACCUCAGCAUUCAGGAAUACUAACACCACCACUUCACACUUUAGCUUCUGUUCCUUUUAAAUGGGAAGAAGAACCUGGCAAACCUAAGCCCUGCACUGACCUAAUAACUUUACCAAGUUCCAUUUUCAAUGAACCCAAAUGCUUAGAACCUCCUCCUAGAUUUUACUUGGAAAAUACCAAAACACCCUCCCCUACUACUGUACGUGAAGGACCUUAUAAUGUUCUAAAGCCCAAAGGCAGAGGGCAACUUGGUACUUUGGUUCUUUACAAGAAUAAUAACGUGCGUAGAAGAAGAGGAAAUUGGUGGCGGCGGUAUUUAAAACGUAAGGGUGGUAGAAAUAAGGAAACAAAUGUGGAUUUAACAGAUUGUGGGAGUGACUGUGAUGAAAGUGGACAUAAUUCAAGUACUGUGAAAAUGGCUAGACUUAGAAGAAAUGGAAGUUUCUCUAGCCUCACUCAGUCCAGGCCUCACAUCUGGGCUUCCAUAUACGAGGGUUUCAAGCAGGUCAUACCGUGGAAGAACAAAAAAUCAAAGAAAGAAGUGUCAAUUGUAUAAAAGUCCAACAUGAGCUGCUCUAUUAAUCAAUUCAAGAGUAGCUGACUGUUUUAUCUAGUGGUCUUCUAAAAGUACUCGUUAUAUAUAUAUAUAUAGUGGAAUUACGUUUU